UUGAUUUCAACCAUGAACUAGUUCUACUCAGUUCAUGAUUUAAACACUAAUACAGCUACAUUUUUAUUUAGUAAUUUGGAAAUUGAACAAUUUCUACAAUAGUCGGUUAUAUUUUACCUGUUAUUUAAUAAACUUAAUAUAAACAAUAUGAAGAACCCAUUGGCUAAUUGUGAUUUACUUAAUACAUUUAGAUUUAUACAAACAGUAUUAUACAGUACCAAGGGUCAUGUGCUAAUCGGUACAGUAUUUCUAAAGAUAUCAAUGUUGUAAUAAACAUGUUUAAUAAUUGAUGUAUAGGUGGUGGAACUGGAUUUAUUGGUAGAAACUUGAAAGAAUUGCUGUUGAGAGAAAAUUACGAAGUCACAGUAUUAUCUAGAAUUAAGAAUGGAGAGAAACACAUCAUGAAUUGGGCCGAUUUAAUACUCAAUGGUGUUCCCAAUAACAUAACUGCUGUGGUCAACUUGACUGGCGAACCUAUCAUGGUUCCUUUUAAACGUUUUGGAAGUAACUUUAAACAAAAAAUUUGGAUUAGCAGAGUUGGAUCUACAAUGUUACUUACUGAUUUAUUAAAUUCCACCAAAUGCAAGCCUGAUGUGUUUAUUACAAUCACUAGUACUGAUAUGUAUCCAUCAGAGGGAGUUCACACAGAAAAAUUUAUUCCUUCAGACCAAAUGAUAGACUGUAAUUUCUUCACUAGAUUAGGAAUAGAUUGGGAACAAGCUUCAAAGAAUUUUCCUUUUCGUAGAAUAUCGAUUAGAACAGGAACAGUACUGGGUCACAAUGGUGGAUUUCUCAAAUGCUUGAAACAAUUAAUUGCUAUAGGUAUAGGGGCCAAGAUGGGAGAUGGGUGUCAGCAUCAGCCUUGGAUACACAUUUGUGAUUUACUGUACCUUAUACUAUUUUCAAUAGAAAACAAGGAAGUAUGUGGAAUAUUAAAUGGAGUAUCGCCAAAGAGCACAACUAAUGAAGAAUUAAUUACUACUUACAAGCAUAUAUCAAAAAAGUCAUCAGUAAUGUUAAAUACACCUAGAAUAUUACUUAAGACAAUGUUCGGAGAAGAAAGAACAAAACUAAUAUUGGAAGGAAGAAAAGUUUUACCAAUGGGAACAUUGGAUUAUGGAUUUAAUUUUCAAUAUUGUGAAAUUGAAAGUGCUUUAAGAAAUAUUUUGGAUAAAUGAAAAAUAAAUAAUAUAAUACUUACUUUGUCA